AUGUCGGGUGACCGGGAUGAUUUAAAAUGUGAGUCAAGUGACACAGAAAAGGGUGGUGACGAUAAAAGUUUAUCAGAGGAUGACUUGGACGCUAAGAGAAAAAAGCGCCGAAAUCGAACAACAUUUACAAGUUUCCAAUUAGAAGAAAUGGAGAGAGUAUUUCAGAAAACCCAUUAUCCCGAUGUCUAUGCACGUGAACAGCUCGCGCUAAGGUGUAAUUUAACAGAGGCUAGAGUACAACUACAGGUCUGGUUUCAAAAUCGCAGAGCAAAAUGGCGGAAAAGAGAAAGAUUCGGGCAGCUACAAACCAUGCGUGCCAUGGCAACCGCUGCUACCCAUGGUUACGAGAUGCAAUUAGGACCCCGCCAUGACACUUAUUCUCAGAUGCAACACAAUCCAUGGGCAGCUAAUGGUCCAGCUCAGUAUCCCAUGACAACAAUGCCCGGGAUGGGUAGUUCCUGUAUGGCUGGACAAAACGAUCUACCAAGCUUCAUGGGAUUGGCUCAUCAAAAUUCUCUGGCGGCAAAUCAGUUCGCUGCUAAUCAGUUGGCUGCCAAUCAAUUCGCUGCUGGUCAGCUCGCAGCCAAUCAGCUUGCAGCCAGUCAGCGGUCAUCAGGGGGACUAACUCACAGUAACCAUGGCUCUAUGCCUUUUCCUAAUGCUCAAGUCGGUCUGGACACGGGGAUGGACCCUGAAUUACGAAGCUCCAGUAUUGCUGCGCUCAGAUUAAAAGCCCGUGAACACAGUGUGUCUAUGGGACUUCUAAGUGCAUACGGUAAAUAA